AUGGAUAGCAGUGCAGGACAAAGGUGAGGAAAAAAGUCUCUUUGACGAAUUCAUUUGCAUUUUAUAUGCGUUCGUGAUGCGCCAUGUUGUUGCUUCACCUCCCUCUGUGUUGUCUUUCUAGCUCGAUAGAUUAUUGCCGUAAAAGUCAAACAUGUGAUACAAAUAAAGGACAUCCAGGAAAGUGCAACAAACCGAGACCACUACCCGAUAGUUUUUGGGAAAAAUCUCCGUUCUUUAGGCUUAGAGAUGGCCAAGGAGACCUGUCACGCAAGUCACGCGAGGUUCAUACCAAAGAAAGGCAACUCGAAGUUUCUCAAUCAAAUCUGGUUAGACAACGUGAAGAGUUGGAUUUAUACGAAACGUCCAUGCAUGAGAGGGUUAAUAUUGCCAGUAAGUAUUAUAAAAUGUUGGUACCUGACUUUUUAUGCCGAUAAUUUGAAGGUGAUUGCUGAGUAGAUGUCCCCCCCCCAAUAUGGGGUAAAUUUCCCGCCAUAUGACGUCAGCAUUUUUCCCGCCAUAGGACGUCAGCGUUUUUAGGAAUAAGGGUGACGUCAUUUUUGGAACAUUGUCGAGUAACAUUUGUCGCGUGACCUUUUGGAAUUUUGAGAUGGCGUCAGCAAGUAUUUGUCGCAUAAACAUUUGUCGCAUAACGUUAUUGUAAAAAAAUAUCAUCCUUGUAUUAAGGCGCUACUGAUACCAGUUCGAACCGGAUUUAAUAUACUGUAUAAAUUGAGGUCUUCGAGUGUACAAGAGCGUAGUGUUUACACAGCUUUCACAGAGGAAAAAAUAUUUAUUUUAAAAUGGAAGGUUUAUAUGAUAGGCAUGAUCUGUUUGCAGCAAUGUCUAUUUGAUUUUUGGGGGAAUUUGAGAGGAAAUUUUUCAUUUCUUAAGAGCAAACUAUGGCUUCUUACCAGUGUGAUCGAUGUCUGAAACAGUUUUCGUCUUAUUAUAAUGUCAGGCGACAUAAGGCGGACCAUUGUGCAUAUGCAAAGAUUGACGAUAAUGCCUCGAUGGAUGGAGGAGGAAGUAGCUACUCAGAUGAACAAAGCGUGGACUCUUUUCCAGACGAAGAAAGUGUUACGGAAACUGAGGAAGAUGAAAACAGUGAGAAUUCCGGAGAUGCUGGUGAAAUAAAGGAAGAGAUUGAUCCUUGGGCAACCAUGAUUGAUGAUGCAAAGGCGACCGUUCGACCAGAGUAUGAUGAAUUUAUGAAAAUGUUGCAAAUGGAUGGGCAAGAAGAAAGUGCAGCUAAGCAGAAAGCCUUUGAAAACGUUCUCCCUGAACUUCAGAAAGAAUUCGCUGACGUUUACGUGGAUAAUUUACGAUGGAUGAGUGCACUUAAAAAUGAUCCUGUGCAUAGAAAGAUUAUGGAAAUGAAGGAGACAUUAGCGAACAAAGACUCGUUUGAUCCUGAUGAAGCUUUAUCUGCAGCGGUUGACAAAAGAAAGUUUCUGUUGAAACAGCUUUUAGAAGAUCAAGGACGUUUUUCAGAUAGUGAUGAAUCGAUGUAAUGUUCAUGUGAAAUAAAUAUUUAUUAAAACUGUAUUGUGCCUUGUUUCAUUGCAACAAUAAGUCCUUGUAGAAAAAUGGACAUUAGAGUUUAGCCGUACCUUCUACUGGGCCAUCGGGCCUAAUCGGGCCAAAAAGUGCCAUUUCGGGCCUUAAUGCGAAGAAUGCGAAGCAAAAUGCGAAGAAUGCGAACCAAAAUGCAAAUAAUGCGAAGCAAAAUGUGAAAAAUGCGAAGCAAAAUGCGAAAAAUGCGAAGACGCAUGAGCAAAAUGCGAACUCAAUGCGAAGACGCAUGAGCAAAAUGCGAAGACGCAUACGUACCCCGAGGGAAGCCUUGGGGAACACCUAUAAAUUUAUGCAAGCAAAACAGUAUCGUAGCAACAUUAUUUCGCUCUAAAAUCAUUUGCACAGUUCACAUGCGUAUAGGCUCAUUCGUAAUGUCCCACAAUCAUUGCAUCAAUCGUCUAUCACGUACAUAGAUACAAAUCUCUUGCUGUGUAUAUAAACUGUUGAUUAUGAUAUUGACGAGUAAUAGGUCUUUUAGCUCAAUAAAUUUUUACUACGUUUUUGGUGUUAUGCUACCUGCUUUUGGUGUUAUGCUACCUGCUCUUUAAUGAAAGGUUGGAAUGCCAAACGUUUUCUCGGCUGAAAACUAGACACAUAUAAACACAUUUUUAUAGCAAAGUAAGGAAAUAAGACAUUUAUAUUGUUCUGAAAAACAAUUUAAAACUUUAAACUACACGUAAAAGUGCCCUUAUGCACAAUGUUCUCUGCUCCAAUACAUCAGGUAGCUCAAAAUAGCCUGGAAGCCUGAAAAAUUUCCUCUCAAAUUCCCCCAAAAAUCAAAUAGACAUUGCUGCAAACAGAUCAUGCCUAUCAUAUAAACCUUCCAUUUUAAAAUAAAUAUUUUUUCCUCUGCGAAAGCUGUGUAAACACUACGCUCUUGUACACUCGAAGACCUCAAUUUAUACAGUAUAUUAAAUCCGGUUCGAACUGGUAUCAGUAGCGCUUAAUACAAGGAUCAUAUUUUUUUACCAUAACAUUAUGCGACAAAUGUUUAUGCGACAAAUACUUGCUGACGCCAUCUCAAAAUUCCAAAAGGUCACGCGACAAAUGUUACGCGACAAUGUUCCAAAAAUGACGUCACCCUUAUCCCUAAAAACGCUGACGUCCUAUGGCGGGAAAAAUGCUGACGUCAUAUGGCGGGAAAUUUACCCCAUAUGGGGGCGGCACAUCUACUUUGCUGGCUGUUUUGUAUUGUACAUAAUACAAACUCGGGUGAAUUGAGCUUAGUAUUACAAACCAGCUUAAGUUACCAAAUAGUAUAAGCUGUUAUUGUAAGUUAUGUAAUAUCAAAAUACUAAAGCCACAAAUUGUAGAUUUUUGGAUUGAAGGCAUUCUGAUUGUAUAAACUAGUAACCAACCCUUACCCUUUCAGGCAGAAUUGAUAUCGGUUUACCCUUAAUGAUCAUGAUAACAUGAAACUGUUAGGAGUUCCAACCGAUACGCAGAACAUACUUGACAUCAUCUUUAAUUAGUUUUAAAUUUUUUAUGUAGGUCAUGAUUUAAAUGCAUCUGUUGCGAGAAAGGAAAAUGUUGAUAGAGAGAUCACUGAAGUUGAAGAACAUCUGCAGAAUAUUUCCCAGGAGUAUGAAAAAUUAAAAACCUUGCUGGAUCAGAAGAUUCGUUCCCGAAGACAGAAUACCAAAACAACCAUUGAUACCAUCAGUGUUUGUCUUUCCAGUGUCCGGUUCAGGCGGAGACAAGAGGCAAAGAAUGUACUUGAGUAUAUUCAUGGUGGAGAAGAUGCGGCAGUGCUUGGAGCUUGGGAUUUUGUAGCAGCCCAUGCAAAGAAAGAACUGAUGAACACAUUGAUUAGUAAGUACAGAAGGGGAAAAUACUUGCAAGGGGUAGUCAGCAAAGCCAUGAAAGAGUAUAACCAGUCCAAAGAUUCCCUCACUCAGGCACUUGCUUUCAAGUAUCAGAAUUUUUUGUCCCGACGAAAAUUUAAUUUGAUGUGCAAAACACAGUCUUCAGUUUUUGAUCCUGAUGCUGAGGUCUGGUUACCGCGGAAUAUGAAGUGCUUGGGAGUCAAUGUAGAACUGUCACUUAGUAAAGUUUCAGAUGAUAAAGUUGAUAAUUUUGUAAAAUCAUUAGAUAUAGGAAGUGUUAACCAAAUUCCAAAUGUACCGGGGGUCACUAGGACCAUCACAGGCCUUGUUUUUAUGAUUAUUGAUUUGCAUUUACGAUUGCCACAUUUUUUUUGGCAGCUUAUUUGGUUCAAUGAAAAUACUAACCAUUUCAUUUUCCAGUUUUCUGAUGAUGGGGCCCCUGAAACCAGUCAGCUUACAAUGUCGAUUGGUAGUAUAACAUUGUGGAAUUUUGGGGAAAGGGUUAGAAGUAGGGAAUUUCAGUAUCUACUUCACUGUGUCAGCCUAGGUGAAAAGCAUGAAAUUUUUGAACUUCUUUGGAGGCAACAUACUGAUGAAAUGCAGCUACUAGAAUCCAGUGUUUUUACCAUCUGUGGAAAAGAGUGCACAGUUUAAUUUCAGCCAAGUGCUGAUAUGAGCUGGCAGAGUUGGGCCUGCAAUGAAUUGAAUCAGGCUGCAACAUAUCCUUCUCCCUAUGCAAAUGUGAAUAAGAAUGACAUGUGUACUCUGGGUGGUACAAUUGGUCUUGAUGCCAAUGAUACUUGGACACCUUACACAAAUGUUCUGCGCACUGAACAUGUAAAAAAGGUUAAUACUUAUAUUGCUUCUCUGUCCACUACCCUUAAUAAGAAUACCCGUCAUGACAAAAUGCUUGCUUUCGUGGCUGAAAAUGGGAUGCGCCAACUUGGUGCACCCAGGAUUGGGAUUUUUGCUGAAAGAGUUCGACCAGACCCCCUACAUUGUGAAAUUAAUGCCUGGCAGCAUCUUUUAGAUUUGAUUUACAGUGAGUCUGUACAGCGUAACGUCUUCCAUACAUUUAUUCGUAUAUUAUCAGCCCCUGUCGGUCUUGAGGUACAUUUGGGGCAGAAUGAAAAACAAAGUGAUGAAAUAAAUUAUGGCACCACUGCUCUUGCUUGCUCUCAAGAACCUUCAGCUGUAGAUGACACAUUGUCCAAUAUUGUUCUACCAGCGCGUAUGAACAUUUUAGAGGAACAAGCUAGAACCAGCCUAUCCACAGCACUUUCUUCUCUAACUACAGCAGAUUCUUCUGCUACUGAAGUAUAUGGAUGUGGCCUGGCAUAUUUAGCAUCCAAAAUUAAGGAGCAUUAUAGCAUUGAAGCUAAAAAAUUAAACAAGUUGCCAACUCGAUUAAUUGGUAGUCAAGCAGUGAGUCUUGCUAGGCAUGGCUAUCGACUUGUCGAUGCCUUAGAGACUGAUGAAGAAAGCCCUUUAGAGAACAUUAGACAUUUGGCUCUUUCAAAAGCAUGCAGUUCAAUAUUUGAGAAACGCUAGUGGAUUAUUUAAUAAAAUUAAUUUAAGUUCACUUGGAGAAGUGGAUCAGUUGACUGAAUUCUGCCAACUAUACUUCAAUAUUCUUGUUCUUUUUUUUCCUUCAAGUAUUAAUAUUACUGUUUGGACAGUGGGGUAUGCCAUACCUUACCAUACCAAAAAGUUGUAUGAAGAAUACAAAGUUGGUUAUGGUAUUUUAUCACUUCAGGCCAAGGAGUCAAAACAUGCUGGCAUUAAAGGUGAUCUUUGUUUAACCAACCGGUCAAACAAAAGCACCACAGGUGGAAAGUGGUGGCAAGUUAUGCGCUCAAGCUACAUUAGGUCUUUCUAUCUUCCAGAACACCAACUGGCUCCCCCAUCGUAUAUUUCGCAUUUUAAGUCACACACACCUCCACACUCCAGCAUCAUUGCUUAUUGUGUUUGUGGAAGAACUAAAGAUAUUGUGGACGAGCAUUGUCCGGUUUGCCAAGCUGCUAAAUACACCAUCAUUCAAUGUGCUAAGGAGAAGAGGUUAUCUGAUGAAGUUCUUUCCAUCUUUAAGCCAAUCGUUUGUAACAAAUGCAAUCAACGUUUUUCUGAUGUAACUAGUUUGAAAGUACACACUGAUCUGAUUCACCGUCCCCAGACUCUUGCUUCUGGGAGUGAAAUAGAUCCUUCCUUGCUUACAGAGACUCGGCUGAAAAGUAUGAGUGUAGCACAGCUCAAGGCAACUCUAAAAGAGAAAGGCCUGUCCACGUCUG